AAGUACAUUGCGAAGUACAUAGUCAAGCAGAGAACUUACAACAUUACAUAUGUUGUAAGUUCUCUGGUCAAGUACAUAGCCAAAUGAAUCAAAUCAUCACCAUCACAAACAAAUCACAAAAAGAAGGAAUCAUAAAUAGAAAUAUAAAAAUAUCUGACCAACCAAAUAACAACAUAGAUAACAUAAUAUCGUCGUCAGCAUCAGAAAAUCCGCUUUUUUAUCGACAAAUUUUGUUCAGCGAUGAGGCUCAUUUCUGGUUGAAUGGCUACGUAAAUAAGCAAAAUUGCCGCAUUUGGGGUGAAGAGCAACCAGAAGCCGUUCAAGAACUGCCCAUGCAUCCCGAAAAAUGCACUGUUUGGUGUGGUUUGUACGCUGGUGGAAUCAUUGGACCGUAUUUUUUCAAAGAUGCUGUUGGACGCAACGUUACGGUGAAUGGCGAUCGCUAUCGUUCGAUGCUAACAAACUUUUUGUUGCCAAAAAUGGAAGAACUGAACUUGGUUGACAUGUGGUUUCAACAAGAUGGCGCUACAUGCCACACAGCUCGCGAUUCUAUGGCCAUUUUGAGGGAAAACUUCGGAGAACAAUUCAUCUCAAGAAAUGGACCCGUAAGUUGGCCACCAAGAUCAUGCGAUUUAACGCCUUUAGACUAUUUUUUGUGGGGCUACGUCAAGUCUAAAGUCUACAGAAAUAAGCCAGCAACUAUUCCAGCUUUGGAAGACAACAUUUCCGAAGAAAUUCGGGCUAUUCCGGCCGAAAUGCUCGAAAAAGUUGCCCAAAAUUGGACUUUCCGAAUGGACCACCUAAGACGCAGCCGCGGUCAACAUUUAAAUGAAAUUAUCUUCAAAAAGUAAAUGUCAUGAACCAAUCUAACGUUUCAAAUAAAGAACCGAUGAGAUUUUGCAAAUUUUAUGCGUUUUUUUUUUAAAAAAAGUUAUCAAGCUCUUAAAAAAUCACCCUUUAUUAGCAAAAAACUUUUUUAAUUUAAAGAAAAACGAUUUGCAGCAACUUUCUUCGAAUGCUGUAGAACAUGCAUUCACAAGUGAAAUCAUCAAAAAUAAUUUGAGACACAUAAUUCGCAAUUACUUUGAAACUCAAAGUGAAUUAGAAUCGGAAAUUUGAAGUAUUGACAAUAAGUAUUUAAUAAAUCUAUAAAUCAUUUUGAUAAAUAAAUUGUUAUUCUGACUUACGAAACAA